AUGGCAAAACGAUCAACAGAGAGAUACUGUCCAAGCCCCCACGCAGAAUUCAUUACAGCACUAACCCUAACUGGACAUUUCUCUUAUAGUUUCAUUGAAAGAAAUCUUGUUGAGAGUGUAUCAGCCUCACUACUGUUUGAGUAUUAUAGAGCGACUAUCUGGAUUCAAAUAGAUCUGAAACUCCUCGUGUCAUACAGAUAUUCAUGCGAGAACCAUUUAAAGAUUGCUGGUCGUGUCAAGAUAGCGCGGCUGUAG